UUUUGCUUAUUGUUAUCCGGUAUAGAAACCUGCAGUAAAAGACCACAAGGUAGCAGAGCCUGGAAGUGUCCAUUAUCUUCCCAUACCUGAUAAGACGGAGAAGUCUCCCGCUAUUUUUCUCUAGGUUUUGCUUUACGCUAAUAGGAAUGUCCGUUCCUUUGUUCAACCUUUCUCCUAAUUUGAAAGUUUCAAGGCUUUGUUUAGGAACAAUGACUUUUGGCCAGCAGAACUCUCUUCCUCAGUCCUUUCGUCUUCUCGAUCAAGCUUUUGGCACCGGAAUCAACUUCUUCGACUCUGCCGAAAUGUAUCCAGUUCCUCAGCGUGCUGAGACUCAAGGGAAGAGUGAGGAAUACUUAGGCCAGUGGGUUAGAAAGAGGAAGAUCUCCCGUGAUCUUGUUGUCAUUGCCACCAAGGUUUCUGGGCCAUCUGGGCAAAUGAGCUGGAUUAGAGAUGGGCCAAAAUGUUUAGAUGCCAGGAAUAUUACUGAGGCUGUAGAUAACAGUUUAAAGCGUCUGCAAAUGGAUUACAUUGAUCUUUAUCAAAUCCACUGGCCUGAUCGCUAUGUUCCUAUGUUUGGGGAAACUGAGUAUGAUCCGGUCCGACAGUUCUCUUCUGUCCAUAUAGAGGAACAACUUGAUGCUCUUGGCAGAGCUGUUGAUGCUGGUAAGAUCAGAUACAUUGGACUCAGUAAUGAAACGCCAUAUGGUGUCAUGAAGUUCCUUCAUUGUGCAGAAAGAAAUGCUCACUGCCCUAAGAUAGUAUGCGUGCAGAAUUCAUACAGCUUGCUCUGCCGAACUUUUGACUCUGGAAUGGCUGAGUGCUGUCAUCAUGAGAGGAUCAACUUGUUGGGCUACAGCCCACUUGCAAUGGGCAUACUUUCAGGGAAAUAUUUCGCUUCUGAUGGUGGUCCCCCUGAUGCUCGGUUAAAUCUUUUCAGAGGGAGAUACUCAGAAGGGGAAUCCCGAUACAACCUGACCAGAAACAUGUUAAAAGCAGCUAUGAUGGAAUAUCUUGGUAUUGCAAAAAAAUAUGGUCUUCAUCCUGUAUCUCUUGCAAUUGCCUUUGUCUUGAGCCAUCCUCUGGUUGCAAGUGCUGUAUUUGGAGUGACCAAACCAUUGCAGCUUCAGGAGGUAAUCAGUGCAUGCAAUGUUGAGCUCACAUCUGAUAUUAUUGCAGACAUCAACAAAGUUCAUGCUAAGUUUCCAAAUCCAUGUCCCUGAUCAAUAUUUGACAAUUUGACAUGUUGUAAUUUCUUCCUGAUAUGGAAGUUUUGAAAUUAGCUAGAACAAUACGCAUGCUGCUGUCAUAGCCAGGUAAGACCAAUUCAAGAGGCGAUGUUUCAAAGGCAGAUUUAGACUUUAGUUCUUCGUCUAUAAAUAUACCUGAUGAACUGCGAACAAGAUCAAGCUGGCAUUUCACUCAACCUUAUAAUGUGUUGGGCUGUAAGCUGACAGCAAUUUUAUAUGGAAAGCAUGUGCUGAUGCUUAACUUACCGUGGAAUUGAAUGAUUUGCUCUUCGGUA